AUGGCUCAUGCAGCCUCACAACUAAAGAAGAACAGGGAUUUAGAAAUCAAUGCUGAAGAAGAGACUGAGAAGAAAAAGAAACACCGCAAACGGUCCCGGGAUCGGAAGAAAAAGUCUGAUGCCAAUGCCAGUUACCUAAGAGCAGCUCGAGCUGGACACCUAGAAAAGGCUCUUGACUACAUAAAAAAUGGAGUGGACAUCAACAUUUGCAAUCAGAAUGGGUUGAAUGCUCUCCAUCUUGCUUCCAAAGAAGGCCAUGUUGAAGUUGUCUCCGAGCUGCUACAGAGAGAGGCCAACGUGGAUGCAGCCACAAAGAAAGGGAACACAGCGUUGCACAUAGCAUCUUUGGCUGGGCAAGCGGAAGUGGUGAAGGUCUUGGUUACAAAUGGAGCGAACGUCAAUGCACAAUCUCAGAAUGGUUUCACACCCUUGUAUAUGGCCGCCCAGGAAAACCACCUGGAGGUUGUCAAGUUUCUGCUGGAUAACGGUGCCAGCCAGAGCCUUGCCACCGAGGAUGGCUUCACCCCAUUGGCAGUUGCUUUGCAACAAGGUCACGAUCAAGUAGUUUCACUUCUGCUAGAAAAUGACACGAAAGGCAAAGUGCGUCUUCCAGCUCUUCACAUCGCUGCCCGCAAGGAUGACACAAAAGCCGCGGCGCUUCUGCUGCAGAACGACAACAACGCCGACGUGGAGUCCAAGAGUGGCUUCACUCCGCUCCACAUAGCUGCUCAUUAUGGAAAUAUCAAUGUAGCCACGUUGCUGUUAAACCGAGCGGCUGCUGUGGACUUCACGGCCAGGAAUGACAUCACUCCUUUACAUGUUGCUUCAAAAAGAGGAAAUGCAAAUAUGGUAAAAUUAUUGCUUGAUCGAGGAGCUAAAAUCGAUGCCAAAACCAGGGAUGGCCUGACGCCACUGCACUGUGGGGCGAGGAGCGGCCACGAGCAGGUGGUGGAGAUGCUGCUUGACCGAGCAGCCCCCAUUCUCUCAAAAACCAAGAAUGGACUAUCUCCAUUGCAUAUGGCCACACAAGGGGAUCAUUUGAACUGUGUCCAGCUUCUCCUCCAACAUAAUGUGCCUGUGGAUGACGUCACCAAUGACUACCUGACAGCCCUACACGUGGCCGCCCACUGUGGCCAUUACAAAGUCGCCAAGGUUCUCUUGGAUAAGAAAGCUAACCCCAAUGCCAAAGCCUUGAAUGGCUUUACCCCCCUGCAUAUAGCCUGCAAGAAGAACCGAAUUAAGGUCAUGGAACUCCUUCUGAAACACGGUGCAUCCAUCCAAGCCGUGACAGAGUCGGGCCUUACCCCAAUCCAUGUUGCUGCCUUCAUGGGGCAUGUAAAUAUUGUAUCACAACUAAUGCAUCAUGGGGCCUCACCGAACACCACCAACGUGAGAGGUGAAACUGCACUGCAUAUGGCAGCCCGGUCCGGCCAAGCGGAAGUCGUGCGGUAUCUGGUGCAGGAUGGAGCUCAGGUAGAAGCUAAAGCCAAGGAUGACCAAACCCCACUUCACAUUUCUGCUCGACUGGGGAAGGCAGAUAUAGUCCAACAACUGCUGCAGCAAGGAGCAUCGCCAAAUGCAGCCACGACAUCAGGGUACACCCCUCUUCACCUUUCAGCCCGAGAAGGGCAUGAAGACGUAGCUGCAUUCCUUCUGGAUCAUGGAGCAUCUUUAUCUAUAACAACAAAGAAAGGGUUUACUCCCCUUCACGUGGCAGCAAAGUAUGGGAAACUUGAAGUAGCCAACCUUCUAUUACAGAAAAGUGCGUCUCCUGAUGCUGCUGGAAAGAGCGGGCUAACUCCACUGCAUGUUGCUGCACAUUAUGAUAAUCAGAAAGUGGCCCUUCUGCUUUUGGACCAAGGAGCCUCACCUCACGCGGCUGCAAAGAAUGGUUACACGCCACUGCACAUUGCUGCCCAGAAGAACCAGAUGGACAUAGCAACAACUCUGCUGGAAUAUGGUGCUGAUGCCAACGCGGUUACCCGGCAAGGAAUUGCCUCCGUCCAUCUUGCAGCUCAGGAAGGGCACGUGGACAUGGUGUCUCUGCUGCUAGGCAGAAAUGCCAACGUGAACCUGAGCAAUAAGAAUGGCCUCACCCCGCUCCAUUUGGCUGCUCAGGAAGACAGAGUGAAUGUGGCUGAAGUCCUCGUCAACCAAGGAGCUAAUGUGGAUGCCCAGACAAAGAUGGGAUACACACCACUGCAUGUGGGCUGCCACUAUGGGAACAUCAAGAUCGUUAAUUUCCUGCUCCAGCAUUCUGCAAAAGUUAAUGCCAAAACAAAGAACGGGUAUACGCCACUGCAUCAAGCAGCACAGCAGGGACAUACACAUAUCAUAAAUGUCUUGCUCCAGAACAACGCCUCCCCCAACGAACUCACCGUGAAUGGGAAUACUGCCCUUGCCAUAGCCAGACGCCUUGGCUACAUCUCAGUGGUUGACACUCUGAAGAUAGUAACGGAGGAAACCAUAACCACGACUACCAUCAUUGAGAAGCAUAAAAUGAAUGUUCCAGAAACAAUGAAUGAAGUUCUUGAUAUGUCUGAUGAUGAAGUUCGUAAAGCCAACGCCCCUGAAAUGCUCAGUGAUGGUGAAUAUAUCUCAGAUAUUGAAGAAGGUGAAGAUGCCAUGACGGGGGACACGGACAAGUAUCUUGGGCCACAGGACCUUAAGGAGCUGGGUGACGACUCCCUGCCUGCCGAGGGCUACAUGGGCUUCAGUCUGGGAGCUCGUUCUGCCAGCCUCCGCUCCUUCAGUUCGGAUAGGUCUUACACCUUGAACAGAAGUUCCUAUGCCCGGGACAGCAUGAUGAUUGAAGAACUCCUCGUGCCAUCCAAAGAGCAGCAUCUUACAUUCACCAGGGAGUUUGAUUCAGAUUCUCUUAGACAUUACAGCUGGGCUGCAGACACGCUGGACAAUGUCAAUCUUGUCUCAAGCCCUAUUCAUUCAGGGUUUCUGGUUAGCUUUAUGGUGGAUGCCAGAGGUGGCUCCAUGAGAGGCAGCCGUCACCACGGGAUGAGAAUCAUCAUUCCUCCACGCAAGUGUACAGCCCCCACCCGAAUCACCUGCCGAUUGGUAAAGAGGCAUAAACUGGCCAACCCACCCCCCAUGGUGGAAGGAGAGGGCUUAGCCAGUAGGCUGGUAGAAAUGGGUCCUGCAGGGGCACAAUUUUUAGGCCCUGUCAUAGUGGAAAUCCCUCACUUUGGGUCCAUGAGAGGAAAAGAGAGAGAACUCAUAGUUCUUCGAAGUGAAAAUGGUGAAACGUGGAAGGAGCAUCAGUUUGACAGUAAAAAUGAAGAUUUAACUGAACUGCUAAAUGGCAUGGAUGAAGAACUCGAUAGCCCAGAGGAACUAGGGAAGAAGCGGAUCUGCAGGAUUAUCACGAAGGAUUUCCCCCAGUAUUUUGCAGUGGUUUCACGGAUCAAGCAGGAGAGCAGCCAGAUCGGCCCUGAAGGGGGAAUUCUGAGCAGCACUACAGUGCCUCUGGUCCAGGCGUCAUUCCCAGAGGGUGCUUUAACCAAAAGAAUCCGAGUGGGCCUCCAGGCUCAGCCUGUUCCAGAUGAAAUAGUGAAAAAGAUCCUAGGAAACAAAGCAACAUUUAGCCCAAUUGUCACUGUGGAACCAAGAAGAAGAAAAUUCCAUAAGCCAAUCACAAUGACCAUUCCGGUGCCCCCACCAUCAGGAGAAGGUGUAUCCAAUGGAUACAAGGGGGACACCACGCCCAACCUGCGUCUUCUCUGUAGCAUUACAGGGGGCACCUCGCCUGCUCAGUGGGAAGACAUCACAGGCACCACUCCUUUGACAUUUGUAAAGGAUUGUGUCUCUUUUACAACCAAUGUUUCUGCCAGAUUUUGGCUUGCGGACUGCCACCAAGUUCUAGAAACUGUUGGGUUAGCCACACAGUUGUACAGAGAAUUAAUAUGUGUUCCAUACAUGGCCAAGUUUGUUGUAUUUGCCAAAAUGAAUGAUCCUGUGGAAUCCUCCCUGAGAUGUUUCUGCAUGACAGAUGACAAAGUGGAUAAAACUUUAGAGCAGCAGGAAAAUUUUGAGGAAGUUGCAAGGAGCAAAGAUAUUGAGGUUCUAGAAGGAAAACCUAUUUAUGUUGAUUGUUAUGGAAAUCUGGCUCCUCUCACCAAAGGAGGACAGCAGCUUGUUUUUAACUUUUAUGCUUUCAAAGAAAACAGACUGCCAUUUUCCAUCAAGAUUAGAGAUACCAGCCAAGAGCCCUGUGGUCGGCUGUCUUUUCUGAAAGAACCAAAGACAACCAAAGGACUGCCUCAAACAGCUGUUUGCAAUUUAAAUAUCACUCUGCCAGCACAUAAAAAGGAGACAGAGUCAGAUCAAGAUGAUGAGGCUGAGAAAGCAGAUAGACGCCAGAGCUUUGCAUCUUUAGCUUUACGUAAGCGGUACAGCUACUUGACUGAGCCUGGAAUGAUUGAACGGAGUGCAGGAGCAACAAGAUCCCUCCCCACCACUUACUCAUACAAGCCAUUCUUUUCUACAAGACCAUACCAGUCCUGGACAACAGCUGCGAAUACAGUGCCUGGGCCAGCCAAGUCAGGCUUCACUUCCUUAUCGAGUUCUUCCUCUAAUACUCCAUCAGCUUCUCCGUUAAAAUCAAUAUGGUCGGUUUCGACUCCUUCUCCAAUCAAAUCCACAUUAGGCGCAUCAACGACAUCUUCAGUUAAAUCCAUUAGUGACGUGGCAUCUCCGAUUAGAUCCUUUCGGACAAUUUCUUCGCCAAUAAAAACGGUGGUGUCACAGUCUCCAUACAAUCUCCAAGUUUCCUCUGGCAGCCUGGGUAGACCUCCCGCAGUCACAGAGGCCUCACCCUUAAAGGGACUGGCCUCCACUUCCACUUUCUCCUCUCGAACCUCCCCAGUGACUACAGGAGGGUCUCUCUUGGAGAGGUCGUCCAUUACCAUGACGCCCCCUGCCUCCCCCAAGUCCAACCUUAACAUGUAUUCCUCAAGUUUGCCAUUUAAGUCCAUUAUCACAUCAGCAACACCACUGAUCUCAUCCCCUUUAAAGUCAGUGGUGUCUCCAGCUAAGUCAGCAGUUGAUGUCAUUUCCUCAACUAAAGUCACGAUGGCAUCGACUCUGUCAUCACCCUUGAAACAGAUGCCGGGACAUGCAGAGGUAGCAUUAGUCAAUGGCUCGAUCUCUCCUCUGAAAUAUCCGUCGUCUUCAACUUUAAUUAACGGGUGCAAAGCCACUACCACAUUACAGGACAAAAUUUCCACAGCUACAAACUCUGUGAGCUCUGUCGUGAGCGCAGCGGCUGACACGGUUGACAAAGCCUUUGCCACCACGACAGCGAUGCCAUUCUCCCCACUCAGGUCAUACGUUCCCGCGGCAACACCGUCAGCUUUUCCGUCUCUCAGAACUCCUCCCACAAGUGCUCUCUAUACAUCCCUCGGGUCAUCGAUCUCUGCAACUACCUCAUCUGUAACUUCAUCAAUAAUCACAGUGCCCGUCUAUUCUGUAGUCAAUGUUUUACCAGAACCAGCUCUAAAGAAACUCCCAGACUCGAAUUCUCUGACAAAAUCAGCAGCUGCCUUGCUGUCACCCAUGAAAGCAUUGACUACGGAGACCCGCCCUCAGCCCCAUUUCAGUCGAACCUCAUCUCCGGUUAAGUCACCCCUGUUCCUUGCACCCUCUGCCCUUAAGUUGUCUACACCAUCUUCUUUAUCUUCCAGUCAGGAGAUAUUAAAAGACGUGGCUGAGAUGAAAGAGGACCUCAUGCGGAUGACAGCAAUCCUGCAGACAGAUGUGCCUGAGGACAAGCCAUUCCAACCCGAGCUCGCCAAAGAAGGGAGAAUGGAAGACGAGGAACCUUUCAAAAUUGUUGAGAAAGUCAAGGAAGACUUAGUGAAGGUCAGCGAGAUCCUAAAGAAGGACGUCUGUGUGGAUAAUAAAGGGCCCCCCAAGUCCCCCCAGAGUGACGCAGGACAUUCUCCGGAAGAGGACUGGACCGAGUUCAGUGCGGAAGAGCUACGGGAAGCGAGACAGGCUGCAGCCAGCCAUGCCCCAUCCCUGCCUGAGAGAGUGCACGUUAAAGCGAAAGCUGCCUCCGACAAGGAUUACAACCUGACCAAAGUCAUCGAUUACCUGACCAACGACAUUGGGAGUAGCAGUUCACUGACCAACCUGAAGUACAAGUUUGAGGAUGCCAAAAAGGACGGCGAGGAAAGACAGAAGAGGAUUUUGAAACCCGCGAUGGCUUUGCAGGAACACAAACUCAAAAUGCCUCCGGCCUCCGUCAGGCCAUCCACCUCGGAGAAAGAGUUGUGCAAGAUGGCCGAUUCUUUUUUCGGAACAGAUACGAUAUUAGAGUCUCCAGAUGACUUUUCUCAACAUGACCAAGAUAAAAGUCCUCUGUCCGACAGCGGCUUUGAAACGAGAAGCGAGAAAACGCCUUCGGCCCCACAGAGCGCUGAGAGCACUGGCCCCAAACCCCUUUUUCACGAGGUCCCCAUCCCCCCCGUCAUCACAGAAACCAGAACUGAAGUGGUGCAUGUGAUUCGGAGCUACGAGCCCUCCCCCGUGGGGGAUGCCCCCCAGGCCCAACCCGAGGAGCCCGUGUCCCCCAAGCCUCCGCCCACCUUUAUGGAAUUAGAACCAAAGCCCACCGCGUCAAGCAUCAAGGAAAAAAUGAAGGCCUUUCAGAUGCAAGCCAACGGCGGCACCUGUGAUGACGAGGACCACAGCCGGGCGCUGAGCAAAGGCAUGCGUGUGAAAGAGGAGACGCACAUCACCACCACCACUCGCACGGUGUAUCGUUCACCACCGGGCAGCGAGGGCACGUCGGAGCGGAUAGAGGAGACCAUGUCAGUCCACGACAUCAUGAAGGCCUUCCAGUCUGGGCGGGACCCUUCCAAAGAGUUGGCAGGUCUAUUUGAACAUAAGUCGGCGGCGGUGGCUCCCGACACUCCCAAGACUGCGGCUGAAGCCUCAGCCCAGCACACAGAGAAGGACACCCAAAUGAAACCCAAAUUGGAGCGUAUUAUUGAAGUCCACAUCGAAAAAGGUAACCAAGCUGAGCCCACUGAAGUCAUUAUUAGAGAAACAAAAAAGCAUCCAGACAAGGAGAUGUAUGUGUUUCAGAAAGACUUAUCCCGGGGAGAUAUUAACCUAAAAGAUUUUCUGCCAGAGAAACACGAUGCUUUUCCCUGUUCAGAGGAACAGGGUCAGCAAGAAGAAGAAGAACUUACUGCCGAGGAGUCCCUGCCUUCCUAUCUGGAAUCUUCCAGAGUAAACACUCCCGUGUCCCAAGAAGAAGACAGCCGCCCUAGUUCUGCUCAACUCAUAUCUGAUGACUCCUAUAAAACGUUGAAGCUUUUGAGUCAGCACUCGAUAGAGUACCAUGACGAUGAGUUGUCAGAACUAAGAGGGGAGUCUUACAGGUUUGCCGAGAAAAUGCUUCUCUCCGAGAAGUUAGAUGUAUCUCAUUCUGAUUCUGAGGAGUUGGUCACAGACCAUACGGGACCCCCUAGCUCAGAGUUACAGGGCUCUGAUAAGCGGGCCAGAGAAAAAGUAGCCCCUGCCCCCAAAAAAGAGAUCCUCUCCAAAAUCUAUAAAGAUGUGUCUGAAAAUGGUGUAGGGAAAGUGUCUAAAGAUGAGCAUUUUGAGAAAGUGACAGUGCUGCACUACGCUGGCGAUGUUGGUAGCCCCAAACAUGCCAUGUGGAUGCACUUUUCCGAGGACAGAUUAGACAGAGGUAGAGAGAAGUUAAUCUAUGAAGACAGGGUGGACAGGACCGUGAAGGAGGCGGAAGAGAAACUAACCGAAGUGUCGCAGUUUUUUCGUGACAAAACAGAAAAGCUCAACGAUGAACUGCAGUCCCCGGAGAAGAAGCCGCGUCCGAGAAAUGGCAAGGAAUAUGCUUCCCAGAGCUCUACCAGCGGCAGCCCAGAGAAGGCUCUGCUGACAGAACUGCUGGCGUCCAACGAGGAGUGGGUCAGGACAAGGCAGCAGGGCCCCGAUGCACCAGGCAUCCCCAAGGCCGAGGAACGGAGAGACCCCGGCGGUGUCAGCAGCCCUGAGAAGCGGGCUCCUCUCGCCCCGCAUGCCGAAGACGGCCAGGCCGCAGAAAAUGCCCAGAGAAGCCAAGGGUCACCAAGCCAGGCGCCGGAGGGGCCCCAGGCUGGGUUUCAGCUCAAGCAAUCCAAACUCAGUUCCAUCCGAUUAAAAUUUGAACAAGGCGCCCACCCCAAGAGCAGGGACGUGUCCGAAGAAGACAGACGGCCGGAUGGCCAAUCCAGAAUCCCCGUGAAAAAGAUACAGGAGAGCAAGCUACCCGUCUACCAAGUCUUCGCUAGAGAAAGACAGCAGAAGGGCCUAGACCUCGCAGAGGAACCUGGAGCCGUGCAAAAUGAUUUGAUGGCACUAAAAGCCAAAGACGAGCACGGCCAGAGCAACGAGAUCGUUGUAAAUGAUUCUGGCUCUGAUGAAGUGAAACAGCCAAGAACUGUCCUGUCCAAGCAAGGGGUGCCUGACCAUUUUUCUGAGCAACAGGCUACCACGGACUUAGCAUGUCCUGGGACCUCAGAUUUAGCCCCUGCUAAGGGACCAUGGGACAAAAAGGUCUUUAGGACGUGGGAAAGUUCUGGACCCAGUAACAAUAAGUCACAGAAAGAAAAACUUUCGCAUGUACUCGUUCAUGAUGUAAGAGAGAAUCAUGUGGGUCACCCCCAGAGUCCAAGUAGUGAUCCAAAGAACGAGUUCAUGGCUGUGACUGAGAGAGAACACAAGGUGUUAACAAAUGGCUCUCUCUCAGAAAUUAAGGAAAUGACUGUCAAGUCUCCCUCCAAAAAGAUCUUAUAUAGGGAAUAUGUUGUCAAAGAUGGGGACCGCGCAGGUGGCUCUCCACUUCAGCCCUCCAGGAAAACUGAGAGCCCCGGAGUCUCACACAUUCCGGUCAGAGUCGCCGAGGACAGGAGUGCGCCGGCCCCCAGCAGCCCCCGUGGUUUGUGUGAGCCGGCCACCUUUCCGAAACCCGAACUCUCACAAAAGGUGGCCCAGUCCGGUCUGAGUAAAGAGACAGUUGAGACCAAGCACUUGAAUUCCAUACAGGAUGCAAAAGUGACCUAUUCAGAAAUCAGCAAAGUGUCCAAACAGAGUUAUGUAGGCUUAUGUCCACCUCUAGAUGAAACGGAAACCUCCCCAACCAAAUCUCCGGAUUCUCUAGAGUUUAGCCCAGGGAAGGAAUCUCCCUCUAGUGACGCCUUUGACCACAGUCCCAUGGAUGGAUUGGAAAAGCUGGCGCCCCUAGCCCAGACAGAGGGAGGGAAGGAGAUAAAAACCUUACCUGUGUAUGUGAGUUUCGUACAGGUGGGGAAGCAGUAUGAGAGAGAGAUUCAGCAGGGAAGUGUGAAGAAAAUUGUAAGUCAGGAGUGUAAGACAGUGCAAGAAACCAGGGGGACCUUUUACACCACUAGGCAGCCAAAGCAACCUCCUUCUCCCCAAGGUAGCCCAGAAGAUGAUACUCUCGAGCAAGUCUCCUUUCUAGACAGCUCUGGGAAAAGCCCUCUGACCCCAGAAACACCCAGUUCAGAGGAAGUGAGUUACGAAUUUACAUCUAAGACACCAGACUCGCUCAUAGCUUACAUCCCGGGCAAACCUAGUCCAAUUCCCGAGGUUUCUGAGGAAUCAGAGGAGGAGGAACAAGUCAGAUCCACGUCCCUCAAGCAGCAGACAGUGGAGGAGACCUCCAUCACUCCAGAAAUGCCAGGUGACGCGAGCAGAGACUCCAGCCAAAGGCCUAAAACAAACCGAGUUGCCUACAUUGAGUUUCCCCCUCCUCCACCGCUGGAGGCCGACCAGCCCGAGCCACAGAAGGCUCCUUAUCUCCCUGAAAAAGAGGUUGACAUGAUUGAGGUCAGUCUGCAGGAUGAGCAUGACAAGUACCAGCUGGCCGAACCAGUCAUCCGAGUGCAGCCCCCCUCACCGGUUCCCCCCGGGGCAGAUGUCAGCGACUCCAGCGAUGAUGAAUCUGUUUACCAGCCAGUCCCAGUCAAAAAAUACACCUUCAAGUUAAAGGAAGUAGAUGAUGAACAAAAAGAGAUGACAAAAGCCAAAGCGUCUGCCGAAAAGGCGCCCGCCCAGAAGGAACUGGAAAGCAAUGGGUCUGGAAAAGAGAAUGAAGUUGGCCUCACUCUUGAUUCGCCUCAGAACGAAACUGCCCAGAAUGGAAACAAUGACCAGUCCAUCACAGAGUGUUCCAUCGCUACCACGGCAGAAUUCUCCCACGACACAGACGCCACAGAGAUCGACUCCCUGGAUGGCUAUGACCUGCAAGACGAAGAUGAUGGUUUGAUCGAGAGCGAUUCUAAACUCCCAGGGCAAACCGUGGAACUGAAGAAAGAUGUCUGGAACAUGGAGGGCAUCCUGAAACCAGCCGAUCGCUCUUUUAGCCAGAGUAAACUCGAAGUUAUCGAGGAGGAGGGCAAGGUGGGGCCAGAGGACGAUAAGCCAUCUUCUAGAAGCUCUUCAUCUGAAAAGACUUCUGAUAAGACUGAGCAGAAGUCAGGGGCCCAGUUCUUCACGCUAGAAGGCAGACAUCCUGACCGAUCAGUGUUUCCUGACACUUACUUCAGUUACAAAGUAGACGAAGAAUUUGCCACUCCCUUUAAAACAGUAGCCACCAAAGGUCUAGAUUUCGACCCUUGGUCCAGUAAUCGGGGGGAUGAGGAAGUCUUUGACAGUAAGUCCCGGGAAGAUGACACUAAGCCAUUUGGUCUGGCAGUGGAAGACCGCUCUCCAGCCACAACCCCUGAUACAACGCCAGCCAGAACGCCAACUGAUGAAAGUACCCCAACUAGUGAGCCUAACCCCUUCCCAUUUCAUGAAGGGAAAAUGUUUGAGAUGACUCGCAGUGGUGCAAUUGACAUGAGCAAGAGGGAUUUUGUGGAAGAGAGGCUCCAAUUUUUUCAGAUUGGUGAGCAUCCUUCUGAAGGGAAGUCAGGGGACCAGGGGGAAGGGGAUGAGAGUAUGGUCACAGCCACAGCACAGCCACAGUCAGGGGACACCACUGUAGAAACCACUGUAGAGAGAAAUGCAGAGGCACCUCCAGUGGAACCUCCCCCCAGCAGCCCGACCAGCGGAGAGUGUCAGGAAGGCCCAGCCAGGAGCAGCUCUCCGGAGAGAGCAGCAGCCGCCAGCAGCACCUCCAAAGUUGAUCCCAAGUUGCGCACGCCUAUAAAGAUGGGAAUCUCUGCCUCUACCAUGACCAUGAAGAAAGAAGGCUCUGGAGAAGCGACAGAUAAGCUAGACGCUGUGGUGACCAGUGGUCAGGGAUUAGAACACGAAGCUGUGAGCAUGAUUUCCAAUGCAGUCAAUAGCCAGAUGGGCACUAGGCCCCAAGAGAAACAUGAUUUUCAAAAAGAUAACUUUAAUAACAACAACAAUUUGGAUUCUUGCACCAUACAGACAGAUCACACGAUGAGUAAUGUAGUGCUGAGAGAACAACCCACACGCAGCUGCACCACUGAGAGAGGCAAUCCAGUGAAAGGCUCACCAGGCAAAAAGACAGGGGUGCUACAAGGACACUGUGUCAAAGAGAAGCAGAAAGUUCUAGGGGAACAGCAAAGGACAAAGGAAUCCGUAGGGAUUAGGCAAAAAUCCAAACUUCCCAUAAAGGCCACCUCACCAAAAGAUAACCUCCCACCAAACCAUAUACCACGCAUUAAGGCAAGUAAAACAAAGCAGGUUAGUCAAUCUGAGAAAGCCAGAACCAUUCCUCCUUCUUCAUGUAUAGAUGGAAAGUCCAGGAUUCCAAUAAAAAACACACACAGGGAUAACACGGUUUCAGUUAGAAAAGCAUGUGCUACACAAAAACAAGGGCGGCCAGAGAGAGACAAGGUCAAACAAGUUCCAUCUAAGUUGCCAGUCAAGGUAAGAUCCACCUGUGUCACCACCACCAGCACCAGCACCACCACCAGCACCACCACCAGCACCACCAGCACCACCAGCACCACCAGCACCAGCACAAUUAAAGUCAGGAAAAAUCAGCUUAAGGAAGUAUGUAAACACUCCAUUGAAUAUUUUAAGGGAAUUAGUGGUGAGACCUUAAAGCUUGUGGACCGCCUCUCUGAAGAAGACAAAAAGUUGCAGUCCGAGCUGUCCGAUGAGGAAGAAAGUACCUCAAGAAACACGUCGUCAUUGUCCGAGACUUCCCGGGGUGGCCAGCCUUCCGUUCCCACGAAGUCUACUAGAGAUAAGAAAACAGAGGCAGCGCCUUUAAAAUCAAAGAGUGCAAAGGCCGGCAGUGAGAGGAGGAGCAGUAGGAGGACUGGUCCACAGAGUCCCUGUGAACGGACAGAUAUCAGGAUGGCAAUAGUAGCCGAUCACCUGGGACUUAGUUGGACAGAACUGGCAAGGGAACUCAAUUUUUCAGUGGAUGAGAUCAAUCAAAUACGUGUGGAAAAUCCAAAUUCUUUAAUUUCCCAGAGCUUCAUGUUAUUAAAAAAAUGGGUUACCAGAGACGGAAAAAAUGCGACAACUGAUGCCUUAACUUCGGUCUUGACAAAAAUUAAUCGAAUAGAUAUAGUGACUCUGCUAGAAGGACCAAUAUUUGAUUAUGGCAAUAUUUCAGGCACCAGAAGUUUUGCAGAUGAGAACAAUGUUUUCCAUGACUCCGUUGAUGGUUGGCAGAACGAGACAUCAAGCGGAAAUCUCGAGUCUCCUGCUCAAGCUCGAAGAAUCACUGGUGGGCUACUGGAUCGACUGGAUGACAGCCCUGACCAAUGUAGAGAUUCCAUUACCUCGUAUCUCAAAGGAGAAUCGGGACAGUUUGAAGCCAAUGGAAGCCAUGCAGAAGUCACUCCAGAAGCAAAGACAAAAGCUUACCUUCCAGAAUCCCAAAAUGACAUAGGAAAGCAGAAUGCGAAGGAAAUUCUCAAACCAAAACUACACGGAGCAGCUCGCGUUGAGGAACCAGCAUCCCCACUCACAGCAUAUCAGAAAUCUCCGGAGGAAACCAGCAAGCUUGGCAUCGAAGAGCCUAAACCCUGUGUGCCUGUCACUAUGAAAAAGAUGAACAGGACUUGUCCUGCACCUGGCAAGCCCAGGCUGAAUCUUCAGGAAGAGGAGGGCUCCAGUGGGCCUGAGCAAAAGCAGGGAGAAGCUUAUAAGGUGAAGACAAAGAAAGAAAUCCGGCACGUGGAAAAGAAGAGCUACUCCUAAGAGUGAACGGAUCAUGUGUGUUACUGCCAGUGUUGAGAAAUUGGUGGAAAAACUAUCAUCAGGAAGGAAAAACUCAGAGAAGACUAUGUGUGUUUGCUGCUUCCACACAUUAAUGGCAUGAUCUUUUUAUGCAAAAAGAAAAAGAAAAAAAAAACCACUCCCAUUUUCAUUUAGCAUGAGCCAAUUUACAGAGCAUGGAAGUUGACUUUCCUUUCCAGGACCGGCACGUGUGCAAUUAGCAAUGCAGUUGUAUAUACAAGAAGCCAUGCUGUUAACAGUUUAUCUCAAGUAAUUUGGUGUCACAACAGAAGAAAUUCCUGCCUCCGGAAGAGACCGAAAGGAGACGAUCAAACCACAGAGAAAACACUAAAAUUACUAAAUCCACAACAGCUCGCCUUAUUUUUCUCGGACCCAAACUGUCAGGGUAUAAACACUACUUGUUUCUUUUUUAAAAACAUGGAUAGUUUUGCUGUAAAUAGUAACACUGUAUAAAUCCUAACAGAAGAUAGAAUAAAAUGCUGAUAAGGCACUGCCUCUUAGAACACAGAACAGAAUUCUCGCAAAUGCAUUGAACAUAAUAGGGGUCUCCAGGCACUUCACCCUAGGAGGGGGGCGGGGUUCUGGGAGGGGAAACUUCACCAAUUCUUGUAUAUUAGCAAUUAUAAUGUUUGUAUAUGCAAAACUGCUAGCUUGGUUUAAAACAAAAAAUCUUUAAAACCUGCUGCAAAUUUCAAUAAUUCCCCAAAUGAGGAAUUCUGUAGUUCUGUGAAAACCUUUUAUCUUCAGAAUACUAAUAUUUUGAUGCAUGUGUAUUACCUUAUUUUGAUUAAACCUUUUCCAAUUUUGCAAACACUAUACCGCAACACAAAAGAUUUUAUCUGUAAACACAAAGCCCUCAUCUAAUAUUUGUUGCUAUUGCCAAUUUUUCAAUGAAAUAACCUCAAAAGAACAACAACAAAAAAAAAUUUAACCUAUACAGUAGUUGCUUUAGGGGGUGGGGGGUGCUGUUAGUACUUCCAAGGGGGUAAUGCUUGCCGCUUUUGAGAUGGAUGUGCGCAGAAGAAGCCCCAGUGGGGAUUUAAAAUGGACUCAACUGAAAUCCUUAGCUAGUAGAAUGGCAGCACGCUGUAAAAUUAUUACUGUAUCGUGUACUGGCUAAAAAGAUGUAGACACCUUUCAGUAAGCCAAUCAUUUGUAACCAUUCUAGCAGUGUCAUAUUAGGUUUAUAAGGCUGCUGUGUUUUCAAGGGCAUUUUUAUUUGGGUUUUGGUGAAAAUCUUUCAUUUGUUGAUUCUAUUUCACAUAAAAUCAGCACUCAUGGACACAUAGCUCUAAUGACAUAUGUAUGAAAUCCCAUACACUGGAUGACCUAGCCGAUUAUUUAAGCCUAAAAUAAAUUGUGUUCAA